UGCCAUCUAGUUGUUGGAAGUUCGCGCGACCACCAGUCCCGCUUAGCUCUCCAUUCUACAAGUUGCUACAAGCUACUCUGCAUACAAGGUCUCUUUGCAAGCAAGAUCAUUCUCCGAAAACCCUUUCAAUCCUGUACGGAUAUCUCAACUUCCUGUAAGAUGGUGUCGGGACUUGUUUUCUCUUUUUACUCGGGAACAAGGUAGGGCAUCAUUAUUUCAGAUUCCACCUUCCCGAAGGUGUUUACCUUAAGUCGUUUGAGUUUGGUGAUGCCUGAGUUUAUACUUACUCAUUGCUGUUACUGUCAUUUUCCGAGUCACCCUGAGACAAUAGCUCAACAAGUGGUCUUUCAUUCCGUGUUUGAUGCGCAAAGACGGCCACAAAACGGGGCGCAGCCAUCUUGAGUCUUCGCCAAAUCUAGAAACAAUCUGAGCCUCCAAGGCCACCAUAACACACAGAUCUACGUAAUUAGGGUCGCUGGAGAGGGUCCUUCUGUGAGUAUUGAAAAUCGGCCUAUUAAUAAUAUAAAUCCGGUCCCCAUAGAGCUGUUGGACCUCUAUGCGCGUAGGGGAGCUGCCAGAGUGAGCCUUUGUUAUGCGAGUGGAAUUCCGUUCAAGGGUCUUUGAGAUGCCGCUCUUUUGUUGGGAGCUCAGAGGAAUCCGUAACGGGGCACCUUUGGCUCCAGUCCUUGUUCAGAUAGGAACUGUAGUUUAAAGGUCUCUGGAGACCAAGCAGUGAAUGCUGCUCUCAAUUUUGGUAUCUUGGCUUCUUCCUAUGUAGAGCUCAGAGAUCUUGAGUUGGUAGAUGUCAGCUAAGGUGCCAUAUAACCAAGGUCAAGAGAAAUCAGGUGAAACAAGAAUGAAGAGAUUCUGGGUAUACCCUUGACUAGAUUAGAGCUGAGACCAGUAACAACAGAGAGGAUAGUUCUGUGACUGUUUAUCGUCAAAUUCAGAAGAAAAUGAUGCAGGCCCAGGAAUCCCUGACCUUUGGUGAUGUGGCUGUGGUUUUCUCCUGGGAUGAGUGGCAGCUCUUGAGCCGUACUCAGAGGGAGUUAUACUGGGAUGUAAUGCUGGAGAUCUACAAGAGCCUGGUGUCAGUGGGCAAUCCACACAGCGCAUCAGAUAUGCUCUUCCAAUUGGCCCCAGGAGGACUAUGGUCAAUAGAAGAUGAAAUCUACAAUUUAAUAUGUCCAGAAAACAAAGAAGUGGGUCAUCUCCUGCAUCAUCACUUGAAAGAAAGCAGUAUUCACAAGAGCAUUGAACAAUACUACAAACAUAGAAAAUUCGUAAACAUUUUCAAUCACAGCAAAGAUCAUUCACCAUUACAGAAAAAUUGCAGUGAGUUUGGUUUCUAUGUAAAAUCUUUGAACACAAAUUUAAGUUUUGACAUUGGUAGCAGAAACUGUGAUGCAAAGAAUGCUGCUGAUGUAAGUGGCCAAUCCCCUAAUGCGCAUCUGAAAACUCAUACAGGAGAGAAGCAUUAUAGCUGUAUUGAGUGUGGAAAAGCUUUCACUAGAAAAUAUCUGCUCAUUUAUCAUCAACGAACUCAUACAGGAGAGAAACCCCAUAACUGUGACAUAUGUGGCAAAGCCUUCUCUACAAAGUCUAGUCUCACUGUACAUCAGAAAAUUCAUACAGGAGAGAAACCUUAUAUAUGUAAUGAAUGUGGAAAAGGUUUUGUUGAGAAAAGGCGUCUUGUUGCACAUCAUCGAACUCAUACUGGUGAGAAACCAUUUAUAUGCAAUAAAUGUGGGAAAGGCUUUACACUGAAGAACAGUCUUAAUACACAUCAGCUGACUCAUACAGAAGAGAAAAUACAUAUGUGCAAUAAAUGUGGAAAAGCUUUCUCUACAAAGUUUAGUCUUGCUGCACAUCAAAAAACUCACACAAUAGAAAAGCCUUAUAUAUGUAGUGAAUGUGGAAAAGGCUUUAUUGAGAAGAGACGUCUUCUUGGACAUCAUAGAACUCAUACUGGUGAGAAACCCUUCAUCUGCAAUAAGUGUGGGAAAGGCUUCACAUUAAAGAAUAGUCUUGUUACACAUCAGCGGAUACAUUCUGAAGAGAAACCCUUUGUAUGCACUAACUGUCAAAAGAAAUUUGUCAUGAAGAGUGAUCUAAUUGCACAUCAGCGAACUCACACUGGGGAAAAACCAUAUACAUGCAAUGAGUGUGGAAAAAGUUUUGCUUUGAAGAGCCCCCUAGUUGUACACCAGCGAAUUCACACAGGAGAAAAACCCUAUUUAUGCAAUGAAUGUGGAACAGGUUUUCCAACAAAGGUACAGCUGAUAAUACAUCAACAAACCCAUACAGGAGAUAAACCAUAUAUUUGCAGUGAGUGUGGAAAAGGCUUUGCCUUAAAGAACCGCCUCAUUGUACAUCAGAGAACUCACACAGGAGAGAAACCAUAUUCAUGUAAUGAAUGUGGAAAACGUUUCCCAACAAAGAUACGGAUGAUAAUACAUCAACGGACUCAUACUGGAGAAAAACCUUAUAAAUGCAACCAGUGUGGAAAGGGCUUUCCUGAGAAAAGUCAACUAAAUGUACAUCAACGUACUCACACAGGGGAGAAACCUUAUGUAUGCAGUGAAUGUGGUAAAGGCUUAAGUGAGAAAAAAAUGCUCAUUGCACAUCAGCGAGCUCAUAGUGGCGAAAAGCCUUACGUAUGCAAUGAAUGUGGGAAGGGCUUCACGAUGAAAAGUAUAUUAAGUACACAUCAGCAAACUCAUAUUGGGGAAAAGCCAUACAAAUGUAAUGAGUGUGGUAAAAUCUUUGAGAAAAAGACAUGGCUCAUAGUACAUCAGAGAUUGCAUUCAGGAAAGCCUUCCUUUGAAUGUUCUGAAUGUGGAAAAUGCUUCUUGCGCAAAAAUGAUCUCAUUACCCAUCAGCGAACUCACACAGGAGAGAAACCAUAUGAGUGCUGUGAGUGUGGGAAAACCUUCAGUACAAAGUCUUGGCUCAAUGUUCAUCAAAGAAAACAUACAGGAGAGAGGCCUUAUGGAUGUAGUGAUUGUGGAAAAGCCUUUGCACACUUAUCAACCUUUGUUAAGCAUAAGAGAAUUCACAGUUAGUCAACAAACCUCUUAUUGUAUAUAGUUGAAUCUUAGUAUCUGCAAAGAAUAUUAAUGAGUAUCAAAUUUAUAUUGGCAUAUCUAAAGAUAAAUGAUCUAUAUUUUAUGUCAGAUGAAUUGCAAAAUGAAUGAUUUAAUUGUUACUGAGAGACAGUUUCAAACCAUUAUAUAAUGUAAAAAGUUUAUGUUGAGAUAGUCACAUGAAUGUGACAGAUGAAAGCAUCAAUAUUAAGAUAGGCACUGAUAAAUGAUCAUAGAUCUUGGAGCACCUAUCCAUUGACAAAAUACAGAUUUAGAGUACACAAUAAAGCAGUACUUUUGUGCAUUAGACCUUCUAAUAGUAUAUUGGAUCAUUGUUUAUCAACAAAUCUAUCAGUACUGGGGACCACUGGAGGAUAUAGCUUAGUGGUACAGCACUUAACCAGUAUGUUGGAGGUUAUAAGUUCAAUCCUUGAUAGUUGAAAACAAGAAACACAUGAUUUAUGAAGAUAUUUAAUGUGGGUAACUUUUAGUAAAAUAUUCAUGAUAUUACUGAAGUAAUGAAGCCUUGAGAAAAGUGACAAAUAGUUUACCUUCAAGAGAUAAGUGGGCAGAGAUAUGUCUCAGUGGUUAAGACCCCUAGCUAUAUUAAAAACAAAACAAAACCUUAACCAUAUGUGCAUUUGGGGACAAGAUACAUUGAAUGAUAUUUCUGGUUGUCUUGUCAUUGAUUUGGUAAAGUUUUAACCUAGUAAAAUUACUUUUAUUAGUUUAAAAAUUAAUAUACAGUAUAGGAGUGAUAAUUGCAUAUAUAAUUUUAGUAACUUGUGUAUCUGUGAUUCUAAUAUAUUUCAAAAUGCUUAAAAUAUGUUAAAAUAUAUAAAAUACUUGGACAUAUUUGCCACUUUGUGAAUAACAUCCAGUUUAGGCAGUUAGUAUAAAAAUAACUAUAAAAUAACCUGUUUUGAGGUAAGUUUUGAUUCAGAGUUUUAUGAAAGUAAGUGCCUAAAUGCUCAUUAGCUCACAAAGAUAUGUAAUUAUAAUUCAUUUUGAGGCAUAGGAAAAUGAAAUUAUAACACUAUUGAAAGUAAAUUGAUAAAGGGUCAUUGGGUUGUUUCCUUAUUUUUGCUACUACAAAUAAACAUACUAUGAAUGUUCUUGUACAAAG